AUGCAGACUGUAAUACGUCAAAGUCUUAGAAAGACAUGUUUAUCGACAAGGACGGCCGUUAGAACAUGUCAACUAAGACGGCUUUCUUCAUCUAAUCUCAGUAUUCGAUGGGGUCCUCAAGAUCCUCCCCUCUAUAAUGGAACAAUCCCAGAACACUUCGCCUCAGUCGUCUCAGCACACGGCGACCGCGAAGCAGUCAUUGCCCGCACUCCAACCCCUCACUCUCACGAGUCAACACUAACAUACUACGCCCUUGACUCUCUAUCCAACAGCCUCGCUCACUCACUCUCCUCACUGGGUGUUCGCAAGGGCGACCGCGUAGCCGUUUCUCUCGGCAACGGGCCUGAAUUCGCAGCUCUGACGUACGCCUGCUUCAAGCUCGGCGCCAUUCUCGUGCCGUUGAAUCCAGGCUUCAAUGAGCACCAGGUCAUAGCGGCGCUGAAGCACUUGGCUAUCAAGACACUCAUCAUUGGUGCCGUGACAGAUCUAGCGUAUAAACCUGGACGCGGAAGAAGUAACGAGCAUCUUCUUCGCAGCGUAGUUGGAGAUGUAUCGGCUUCGAAGAUCCAGAGCGAAGCUGUCCCCUCUUUGUGCAACGUGGUGGUUUUCGAUAACCUAGCGUGCCAUCCAGACAUCAAAUUUGACCUCAAGGGGUGUCGAGCGUUUACCCCUUAUUCUUCGCUGGUCGACGGAUCAGUUAACUCAGUGAAGCCUGAUUCUCCCUUGUCACCAAGCGACGUUAUCAAUAUCCAGUUCACAUCGGGGACUACUUCGAUGCCCAAGGCGGCUAUGCUCUCGCAUCGUGCUAUUCUCAACAACGGUGCUUUGAUAGCGCAUCGGAUGGGGCUUCACGCAGACGAUCGUAUCGUGGUGCCUCCGCCGCUGUUUCACUGCUUUGGCUGUGUGUUGGGAUACAUGGCGACGGCUACCACAGGUGCUAGUAUUUUGUUCCCCAGUCCGGCCUUUGAUCCUGAAGCAACUUUACACAUGGUCGUUGACCACGAAGCUACCGGUCUUUAUGGUGUGAACACCAUGCUCGUUGCUGUUCUCGAGGCUCUCAACCGAGGAGACGUCGUUCCUCAUGACCCCAAACACCUAACCAAGGGUAUUGUAGCCGGUAGCAGUGUGCCGCCUUCUCUAAUGAGCACACUAUAUAAGCGUCUCGGUCUUGACGAUCUCGUUAUCUGCUAUGGUAUGACCGAGACAGCGCCUGUGAGCUGCAUGACCAGUCCUUCAGAUCCAAUUGACAAGCGGACUUCAUCCAUCGGUAAGGUCAUGCCUCACACAGGGCUCAAGAUCGUCGAUCCCUUAGACCACAGCAAGAUCCUCCCCGUUGGAAAGAGAGGCGAGCUGGCGACAGCAGGAUACCUCGUCAUGGAGGGCUAUUACGGCGACGAGGCCCGCACAUCUGAAGUCCGCGUACCAGAUCCCGAAGACGGAACAGUGUGGAUGUACUCUGGCGAUGAGGCCGAGAUGGAUGAGCAAGGCUACGUCCAAAUCACAGGCCGAAUCAAAGAUCUCAUUAUCCGCGGCGGAGAAAACAUUCAUCCUUUAGAAGUAGAAGACUGUCUCCUGACCCACAAAGGCGUUCGAGAAGCCAGUGUGAUAGGAGUUCCCGACGAGCGAUACGGCGAAGCAGUCGCAGCUUUCAUCAUUCCUGCAAGAGGAUGGACGCCGUUAGAUCAUAUGAAAGACGUGGCAGUGGAUGAGGAAAAGGUUGAUGAGGACGGUGUUUUAACGAGAGACGGGUUGAGGCAAUGGGUCGCGACGAAGCUGUCUAAGCAUCUCGCACCCAAGUAUGUUUUCUGGAUCGACGAGUAUCCCAAGACACCAAGUGGAAAGGUGCAGAAGUUCAAGUUGAAGGAAUACGCAAAGGAAAUUCUGGGAGAUGAGGACGGCAAGGCAUAG